UUCAAAGGAUAUACAGCCUGGAUUUCAACCCAGGUCUGUCUGACCUUGACUGCCUUUCGGGGACCCUCUGUGAUUCCAUUUUUUUAAAACUUUUUGUGUGUGUGGCGUAUCCAUAUCAAUUUUAGGUGGGGUAAGAUGGUACGAUUUUGUGGUAUCUAAAGAAUUCCUCCCCGCACAGUUGGGGGUGUGGAGUGGGAGAGUCUGCCUCAUGGCUGGGUAGAGUCCUAGUUCUUUUCAGACACUUGAGUAAUUUAACCAUCAAUAACUGGGCGGUGGGAACAGGACACUCACUAAUAAAAGCAUAGCCUGGAGUCAUGUUCGAGGAAAAAAAUUCAAGUCACUCGGUGGGUAGAUGUAUCUGCAAAACAAAAGAAAAGCCCCUUUCCCAGCGCAGGCAGAGAAGUCUCCCGUACAGUGAGAGACAACAGGCUUCUGGGCACAUGGCCAAGGUUCUGGGGAUAUUUAUAACUCGAAGAGGGUGGGAGUCCCUAAUAAGCUGCUAUAUUCUUUUUCCAUCACUUCCCUCUCCAAGGCUACAGCGAGCUCAGGGCGCUUCUCCACGCAGAAUGCCUGCUUUUCCUCGUGCUGGGCUCCCAUUGUCUAAUUUUCUCAUCCUGGCUGGGGAAGGGGAAGGGGGCCAGUCCUUCCGUUCGGAAGAAACCCAGCUGCAUGCAGCCUAGCUGCUGCUGGUGUUUCUUGGCCAGCUCCUGUGGUCUCUGAGGGACCUGCCUGUGAGCCUGUGGUUUCCGAGCAGCCUGAGCGUCUGAGGUCUCGGCAUCUGUGCGAGUCUUUGGGAUCUCUGGGCUUUGCCUGCAAGCCUGCGGAUUCGAGAUCUACCUGCAGGUCUGAGAGAAUCCGGAAAUCUGCCAGUCGUGAUUUCUAGAACCUUCCCGAACGCCUGAAGCGGCCAAAGAACGCUGCCUGCGGAUUUGGAAUCUGUUUGGGGGCUCGCGGAUCUUGGAGCCGGCGGUCUAGUGGACCUUUCGCGGGCCAGGAGUGCUGUCUGCUAGCUGCUUUUCCUGCUCUUUCUCCUGGGAGGCGAAUCCUUGAGCCCGAGAUGGCAGCCACCCUGCUCAUGGCUGGGUCCCAGGCACCGGUGACAUUUGAAGAUAUGGCCAUGUACCUCACUCGGGAAGAAUGGAGACCUCUGGACCCUACGCAAAGGGACCUUUACAGGGAUGUUAUGCAGGAGAAUUAUGGGAAUGUUGUCUCAUUAGAUUUUGAGAUCAGGAGUGAGAACGAGGUGAAUCCAAAGCAAGAGAUUAGUGAAGAUAUAGAACUUGGGACAGCAUCUGAAAGACCUGUUGGGAAUACAGAGGAAAAUCCUGAAAAUGAAGAGGCCUUUGAAAGCAGGGAUAGAUCAGAAAGACAGUGGGGAGAUUUAACAGCAGAAGAGUGGGUAAGCUAUCCUCUCCAACAAGUCACGGAUCUGCUUGUCCACAAAGAAAUUCACACAGGUAUUCAAUAUCAUAUAUGUUCUCAUUGUGGAAAGGCCUUCAGUCAGAUCUCAGACCUUAAUCGACAUCAGAAAACCCACACUGGAGACAGACCCUAUAAGUGUUAUGAAUGUGGAAAGGGCUUCAGUCGGAGCUCACACCUUAUUCAGCAUCAAAGAACGCACACUGGAGAGAGACCCUAUGACUGUAAUGAGUGUGGGAAAAGUUUUGGAAGAAGUUCUCAUCUCAUCCAGCAUCAAACAAUCCAUACUGGAGAAAAGCCCCACAAAUGUAACGAAUGUGGGAAAAGUUUCUGCCGUCUAUCUCACCUAAUCCAACAUCAAAGGACCCACAGUGGGGAGAAACCCUAUGAGUGUGAGGAGUGUGGGAAAAGCUUCAGCCGGAGCUCUCACCUAGCUCAACACCAGAGGACCCACACAGGUGAGAAGCCUUAUGAGUGUAAUGAAUGUGGGCGAGGUUUCAGUGAGAGAUCUGAUCUCAUCAAACACUAUCGAGUCCACACAGGAGAGAGGCCCUACAAGUGUGAUGAGUGUGGGAAGAAUUUCAGUCAGAACUCUGACCUUGUGCGCCAUCGCAGAGCCCACACAGGAGAAAAGCCGUACCACUGUAAUGAAUGUGGAGAGAAUUUCAGCCGCAUCUCACACUUGGUUCAGCACCAGAGAACCCACACUGGGGAAAAGCCAUAUGAAUGUAAUGCUUGUGGGAAAAGCUUCAGCCGGAGUUCUCAUCUCAUCACACACCAGAAAAUUCACACUGGAGAAAAGCCCUAUGAGUGCAAUGAGUGUUGGCGAAGCUUUGGUGAAAGGUCAGAUCUAAUUAAACACCAGAGAACCCACACAGGAGAGAAACCUUAUGAAUGUGUGCAGUGUGGAAAAGGUUUCACCCAGAGCUCCAACCUCAUCACACAUCAGAGGGUUCACACGGGAGAGAAGCCUUACGAAUGUACUGAAUGCGAAAAGAGUUUCAGCCGGAGCUCAGCUCUUAUUAAACAUAAGAGAGUUCACACUGACUAAGUCCUGUAAUUAUGACUGAGAAACAAUUCAUUUGAAGGUACAAUUUUAUUUGAUAUCAAAGAGCUCUUUUAAGACUGAGUUUCUUAUACCAUACCGAAUUUUCUUGUUGUAGGCCACAGUUUAAAAUAUCAAAGAAGACAAGCCAUUUGAAAUUCUCACCCACGGCUUUGGGAAUGUUAUUCCCUCUCCAAAAUAGUGAUUUUUAUUCACUCAAUGAAGUACUUCAUCGAAAUCAGCCCCAUGAGUAACUGGAACUCUGAAGUCUAGAUAAUAAAUGCUGGUAAAUGCUCAGGACUGGAAAUAGAGUAAAUUUUUUAAGGUAUUUCUCCUUGCCUUAGCUCAAAAAACUGUGCUAGGGGAAAUGUUGGACUGUAAUAGGGUGGUCACAGCUGCUUUGGAGAAAGAUGACAGACUGCCUGAACUGCCACACUUAUUCACUUACCAUAGUAUUUGGGCACACACAUCUUACCAUUCAAAAGGCUUUGUCCUUGAGUUGCUCAUGCACUUGUACCUUUCUGACUUCCUGAGAGCUGGAUUCUGCAUGAUGAAGGCAAUGAUCAUAAAAUUUUUCCUUCUCAUUGUUUCUAAUUAACUUUCUAAAAGCUUGCAUCUUUGUGAAAGCUAACUGAAGAUACAGAUUGCAAGGAUAAAUGAAACACAGGUUUGGGGACAAGGACUCAUCAAUGGUGGUGACUUUAGGAAGUGAUGCCCACUAUUUUUAUUGCCAUUAUUCGGAAUUUAUUAAUUUCCUUUGGGGAAUCACUCUAGGGAACAUUGUAGGGAAAAUAUCUUCAAGGAAAGAUAGGACCAUAAGUGUUGGUGGAGUGUAAGGAGCAGGUGGAUUUGACAAUUUCAGGGGAGGAAGCACAGAGUCCCUUCCCGAGGAACACAGGUCAUUUCUGUGUACUUUCCCCUCUACCCUUUAAGAUCAAUCCUCCCUAUACUGCUAACUCUAGGAUUUGAUAAGGGCCACAUCCCAGUGUUUCUCUUAGCUUGCAUAAGAGCAUGUGUAUGUACAGUAAAAUGUGUAUUCCUGUGGUUUUUCCAAUAGCAGAAACUGAAUUCACACAGAAUUAGCAUGUUCUUGGGUGAUGUUGAUUGUGUGACAGAACUACAGACACACUCCAAUUGAAGAAUGUUUUUUUUCAUUCUUUAUGAUGAAAAAAUUUAAACACUAAUGCUUUAAUGUGCACUCUUGUAAGAUCUGUCUUUGUACAGAACUACACACUUGUUUAUAUUUAUCAGUCAAUUGUGGGAGAUAACUGAUUGUCCUGUUCUCAGAGUGAACGUCUCUUUGGGCUAGUAACAAGGAAUUAAUAAGCCUAUAGGAAUGUAUUUUCAUCCUGUCAGCCUACAGAUAUAAAUGGUUAAAAUAAGAGUUGACCCAAUGUAAGCCCAGUAGUGUCAGUUCUCCUUAUCUCAGCCCAAGUAAGAAUUAAGAAAUAUCCCAAAUGUUGGUGCUUAUCCAAGUACUUGGGGGUGUGAGUGGAAGAAAAUUGAUGCCCAGGAAAUGGGACUCACGGAAAUUUUUGUUUAGCGUGUCUCAAGUUAUUUCUACUGUGCUUUAUUAUGAAAGUUGUAACAUUUGAAAACUACUUUUGCCAUAGCUCUUUGGGACUUGGUGUUAAAGAGCUCAUGGUCUCUAGGGUCGGGUACUAUAGUGAAUUAUGACCCACAGCUGUGUGGGACUGCAUCACUUGCAAAUGACACAACCUCGAAAGUAACAAAAUGAAAAACCACUCCACCGAGGAGCUUUCUUUCUGUUGCCACUCCUAUUUAAAUGUAAACUCGGGCAAGAAGCAUGUUUUUCUUUCGAUACAAAAUCUAGCCGACUGUGGGUAUUCAUAUUUUAAUUGUUGAAUGACUUACAUGUUCUUAAUGACUAAACUCGAAUAUGUCUUUACCAUAUCAGUGUUGCUGAUGGUUUUAAUGAAUAUCAAAGUUCUCCUGUUUCUGUUAGCCAUUAGGGCAUCAGUUUUGGAGUGGCCAUAGAAGACAGCAUCUUCUUGACCUAAUUGUAUUUCACUCCCUUUUUCUUCCCUUCUCUCCUGCCCCAACCUGAAACUGCGCCUGUUGCUGCUUUUGGCUCCUAAGUACCCCAGCCAUCUCUCCAAACAUGUACACUCCAGCUGGGAAGUUAAAAGGGCAAGGGCCAGACCAGCUCUUUCUCCUCUUUUUCUACCAAUUGCUGCCCAUAUGUUGAACUUUGUGUAGCAGUUAUGCAUCAGACUCUCUUUGCAUGCCUUCUGCUCCCAAGAUUCUGGCUGCUUCUGCACAUACCCUGAACACUUUGUGCCUGUUUUCUAUGGUUGUGGAGAGUGAAUGAACAAGUAAGUACCUAGAACAGUUUUCCUUAUGGUAUUGGUCAGUUAUCCUAGUGUCUAUAUCUGUAUUAUUCUAACAAUAUUCUAUAAUUAAAAGUAUAAUUUUUAAAAUAAAAAAACCUGAGAAUUAUUUUAGUAAUCCAGCACGGAUUCACAAAAUGGGUUUUUAUCAGAUUCAUUAAAAUUGGGCACAAUCAUUCUUUACAUUCA